UAUUUCCACCAUGCGAAUCUGUGUAUCUAUAAUUAAUAUUGAGAUCAACUUGUUGACAUGCGUAAGCAAAAUUUCUUGUUCCAUUUACAUUUUGGCUAUCAUUACCAUGAUUAAUAUCUGUUGUCAAAACAGAUUGUGUUACGGGUGUAUUAUUUACAAUACUUCCAUGAAAUGAAUUUAAAUUCCCAUAAUAAUUCGAUCCCAUUUCU